UAGUUCCAAGGUCACUCACUACAAACACAAGGAAAAUGGGAACCAUUAAUACAAAUGAAAUGGCAGGAACAACCAAACCUGAGUUUAAUUCUAUAUUGAGUGAACGCAAAGCAUUUGAUGAAACAAAAGAUGGUGUGAAAGGGCUUGCUGAUGCUGGUGUGAAGAAGGUUCCUAGCUUAUUCCAUCAUCAACAUGACAAAUAUGAGAAGGCCUCAAAUUUAGGCAACAAAGGCCAUAAUAUUCCAGUCAUAGACCUUUCCGAUAUUGACAAAGAUCUAAGUAAGCAUCAAGGGAUUGUUGACAUAGUCAAGGAAGCAUCAGAAACAUGGGGUUUCUUUCAGGUGGUGAAUCAUGGCAUCCCUGUAAGUGUUUUUGAGGAGAUGAAAAAUGGGGUGCAAAGAUUUUAUGAGCAGGAUAAUGAAACCAAAAAACAAUUCUAUACGCGAGAUAGGUCAAGAUCCUUUGUGUACAAUAGCAAUUUUGAUCUUUAUAGCUCACCAGCACUCAAUUGGAGAGAUACCUUUAUCUGUUACUUGUCUCCUGACAUCAUCAAACCACAAGAUUUUCCUUUAGUAUGCAGGGACAUUCUAUUGGAGUAUGGGAAACACAUAAUGAAACUGGGGACUUUGCUGUUUGAAUUGUUAUCAGAAGCUUUAGGUUUGAAUCCUAACCAUUUGAAAGACAUGGGAUGUGCUGAAGGGCUUGUUGCUCUUGGCCAUUAUUAUCCUGCUUGUCCUGAACCACAUUUGACUAUGGGAACCACCAAGCACUCUGACAAUGAUUUCCUCACAGUGCUUCUUCAAGACCAUGUUGGUGGCCUCCAAGUACUUUACCAAAAUAAGUGGAUUCAUAUCACACCUAUUCCUGGGGCUCUAGUAGUCAAUAUUGGUGAUCUUCUGCAGCUGAUAACAAAUGAUAGAUUCAAGAGUGUUGAACACAGAGUAACAGCCAAUCAUGUUGGUCCAAGAAUAUCUGUUGCAUGCUUUUUUUGCACUGGUGUGAUGGCAUCCACAAAGCCUUAUGGGCCUAUAAAGCAAUUGUUAUCAGAAGAUAAUCCCCCAAAAUACAGGGAAACAACAGUUUCUGACUACGUAGCCUACUUUGAUGCAAAAGGACUUGAUGGCACCAGUGCUCUAACACAUUACAGGAUUUGAACUACAAAGUGUAGACCAAAAAGUAAUUACAUUACUCUCAUGGGCAUAAAUAAUUAGUCUUUUUAAUCUACUAUGCUAUAACUAUUAAAAUCUGUACUCACUGCAAAAAGUAUGGAGUCAAAUUAAGCAUUUUAUUAUCUAAGGAUUCUGUGUAUCUUAUGGUCCUUCAACCAAUGAAGAGCAUUCCUUGAUUGGC